CCAUCACUUCAUACAACUCCAUUACAACCUAUAAAUAACAACACAAAUCAUUGAAUUUCUCAAACACAGCACACACUCAAAUCCAAUACAUUCUCUCAAGAGACAAAGAUUCAAUACAAAACCCUUCAUUUCUUCACAAGCUCACAACCUAAAAAUGGCCAAGUCCCCCAAACCACUCAAGGCCACACUCUACAUCUUGCUUCUAGCCAUCACCCUUGGAUUUGCCAGCCCAGCCAGGAUCCUUGAUGAGGUGCAACCCGAUGAGUCCAAUCCGCUUCCGACAACUGUUCCCACCACGAACCCUCUGCCAAGUGGCCAGAUCCCUGCCGUCGCCCCUACCACCCCAACCGCCGAUGACACUGUCGACGUCGCUGACUCACCAAUCCCGGAGACUGAUGAUACCCCGCCAAAAGCUGAGGUGGUGCCUCCAGUAGUCCCUCUUGUCACAACGGUCCCACAAGCUAAAUCACCAGUACCAGAGACACACGACGAACCUGCCAUAGUUCCAACACCUAUUGCUGAUGUGGCCCCCGUAGCAACACCCGCCAUUCCAGUCGCCACACCCGUGGCAGGUCCCGUCGCCACAACACCAACCGGCCCUAACCCAACUGCCGCGGCCGCUAGUGCCAUCGUGGCAAAACCCGGCGCGGAAACCCCACACUUGUCCUUUUUCAUGCACGACAUUCUGGGAGGAUCCCACCCAUCAGUCAGAGUGGUGACCGGCCUCGUAGCCACCACAGUCCUCAACGCUGCAUUCUCCAAACCCAACAACAAUAUCUUUCCCGUCAGCGGUGGGACCCCCCUAACCAACAACAACAUCAACGGCUUCCUCGAUAACAACAAGAACAACAUCCCUAACAUCGCUGGCCUCAGCGGCCUCACCAACUCCCAGUCCAGCACGGUCAUCCAGAACAGCGGCAACAACAACGUUGUCAACGAUGGCAGCAACCAGCCCUUCGUCACUGCCGGCCAGCUCCCUAACGGGGCUACCCUCCAGAAGCUCAUGUUCGGAUCUGUGACCGUGAUCGAUGACGACCUGACCGAAGGACACGAGUUGGCCUCUGCCGUGCUCGGCAAGGCACAGGGUUUCUACUUGGCUAGCUCGCUGGACGGGAACAGCCACACCAUGGCAUUUACUGUGUUACUGCACGCAGGUGAACAUGAUGUGGAGGACACCAUUAGCCUCUUUGGGGUCCACCGUACAGCGUCGCUGGUGUCCCACAUUGCUGUGAUCGGUGGGACUGGGAAGUACGAGAAUGCGAAUGGGUACGCCGCCAUUGAAAGCCUGCACCAGGAGGACCAGCACACGACUGAUGGGGUGGAUACUAUUAUGCAGAUCAGCGUUUACCUUUCUGAAUAG